AUGAAUCGCCGGGGCAAUGGCACUGGCAGCGAGCGUGAAGGAAGCUCGGGGAGUUUUAUGACAGAAGCUCUUGAGAUGCAGCGUCAAAUGUGUGACGAAGCUAUGAAUCUAGUGAAUGCAGGCGUUGCCCUGCAAAACGCCUCCCCUCCAAACGUAGCCGAAGCCGAACAAAAGCUCACGCGUGCCGUUGAUAUUAUGGAGCAGGCGCUGAGUAUUCGGUACCGUUCAGUGGAAGAGAAAGACGCUGCCGAUCGUUUGAAUAGUAAAAUGUUGCGCUAUGUAAAGAUGAUUAAGAGUCAACGUGCCAAGAGCAUUGUCGGCAGUGGACCUAAGGGACGUAAUUUGAUUAAACAUAAUAUUCUCGAGAUGGAGCGACUACCUGAGGUAUAUGCUCCUGUUUUUCAAUUACUAAGCCAUUCGAAUCAAUUAGGUGACAUUUGCGAAACACUCAAGCGUUCGUUUGGUUUCCAAGAAGGCAAUGUACUAAAUCAAAAGGAGCAUUUGCUGCUCUUACUUACAAAUUUUAAAGAACAGAGUGGUCAGGAAGAGGAGACGAAGAAGAAGAAGAAGAAGGGGCAGGACGAUACGGAAACACUCGACGACUAUUUACGUCAGCGAGAUCCACAGCUUGAGUUAGAAAUGGCUAACAAGGGCAUUGCACGGCUCCAUACUCGUGUGUUUUCUAAUUACAAAAAAUGGUGCAAGUUUGUAUCGCAAAAGCCCAAAUUCUCAAGUGAUCCCCUUGUUGAUAUUGCGCUGUUUUUUCUUAUAUGGGGCGAAGCUGCUAACUUGCGGCAAAUGCCCGAAUGCUUGUGCUUCUUACUGCACACGAUGUUGCCAAAAGUUACUAGCAGCGCAAAUGAAGAGCCUGGUGUAUUUCUCACGAACACAAUAACGCCCAUGUACGUCGAAUUGCGUCGUGAAAAUGACAAAAAGACGAGCAAAGGAGCUCGUGCUCCUCAUCGCGAGAUUCGCAAUUAUGAUGAUUUUAAUGAAUUUUUCUGGACGAAAAAAUGCCUCAAGUACGACUAUACAAAUAUUGGUGACGCAUUUGCCGACUAUGACAAGAAGGGCCGCCCGAAGAUUGUGAAGAAGACUUACAAUGAAACACGAAGUUGGUUUCGCGCCAUUACUUCGUUUCGACGAAUCUUUUUUGUCAAUUGUGCCUUGUUCUUGGCGACAUUGGGCUUUUCUAUCAACAUGGUCCUCUUGUGUCCUGACUCGGCCAUUAUGUAUGGAGAAGAUGUCCAGCCUUCUUCUGCUACGGGAGUUUUGGAAAUUUUAGGCAAAAAGUACGCGGCUCCACCAGGUGCUCCUGUGGAUAAUACGGAUGAUACAUUGUCGGACGAUGUUGACACGGAAACGGGAGCAGGGCCACAGUGUUUGUAUGCGAAACUCGCGACGUGUUUGGGAGUACAGUAUUUUUCGUCCGCGUCUGACACAUUUGGCACAUUGCCUCAGGAUUUUAAGGAAUUGUUGAAAAUUGUGCCGUUUACAAAGUGUGUAGAGAAGACAGUGGGACGAUGCAAAUGCUAUCACGAUUUGAUUGACGACUGUUUUAGUGAUACUGGUGCGGCAGACGAAGUGGCGGCUGAAGGAUCUGUGGCUACAGUUGCGUACGACCAGAGCAUGUGUGCACCGGCUUGGUAUACUCAGGUGAAGAGCGUAUUGGAUGAUGAAGGCGAUGGAUUGCUCAAUUGUGGCAUGUGCCAGAUUGAUAUCACGAGUUUAUCGAAGAAGCCGACGAGGUUAAUGGAUAUGAUGCAGGGAUUGAUUGACACUGGUCGCUCAGACCAAGGUGCGAUGACAUUAAUGGCUGGAGUGGCUAUGAUUGGUCUUGUGUGCGUUUGCGAGCUGCAGAAUCGCUUCUUUUCUGGCAUUGGCAUGGGCUUUGUGGGUCGCUCUAUGCCGGUUCCUAUGAAGACUUACUGUCGCUAUACAUGCUUUUGGAUUGUGCUGUACUUGGUAAAGCUGAUCUUUGACUAUCAAUUUGUUGUCAAGACGUUAGUUGAGACGACCUUGCUUGUUUAUUCGGCCAAGUCGUCGGAUUAUCUUCAGUACUCGCACUUUAUGCUUCAAAUUACAUAUCAUAACAUUUUGUACAUUCUUUUUUUGUGGAUUCCGGCGUGGAUGGUAUUUCUUUAUGACGCGCAAAUUUUCUAUUCGGUGCUCUCUGUCAUUUACGGAUCAUUUGCUGGCUUUAAUCUGCGGAUCGGAGAGCUUCGAUCGUUCCGUAUUCUUCGUUUGACGUUUAAGUCUAUUCCUGGCGUGUUCAAUCACAAGAUGGUGCCGAACAUCGUUGAGGAAAAGGCUAAAAAGUCAAAGAAGAAGAACAAAAAGAAUACAAAUGAUAAGGAUGAAAUGGCCAUGCCGCUGCGUCGAUUCGAGCGUAUUUCGAUGUCACAAGGGGCGAAGCCUUUGACAGUCAAGACGCAAAAGUACUCGAGUCUACUAGAUCAUCGGGAUGAUGAUGAUGUUUACAGCGAGCUUAAGACACCAAAUGGUACGGAUGAAGACAUGUCUUCACAGUCGAGCCGCUCUUCAAACAUUGGAUCUAUAACGGGUGUGUCAGGAGCGGAAUUUGAGCGCACCAUUCCGUUUGCCAUGGCUUGGAAUCGUUGUCUGACUAGUCUACGUGAAGCUGAUGUAAUUAGUGAUCGUGAGUUGAAUGUUUUGAGCUACCUGAUUGACUCGAAGGAUACGGUGGGCCGUAAGUUGUACCCGCCCGCCUUUUUGACGGCUGGUAAACUUGACGAGUCAAUUGAUAUUGUUCUUGAGUGCUCUGCACUGUACGAGAAACUCAAGUCGGAUAAGAAGAAGAAAGAUAAGGUUCUUCAGAAGAUUGAAACGACUAUGCGCGAUCGUCUUACAAAAGACGAUUUGCGGGUCGAAUCGAUUCUGGGAUCGUACAAGUUUUCUUCGCAGGUUUUGCGCAUUCUGCUCGGUGAUGAGCAUAAGGAACUAGACGACUGCUACAAUUUUAUUGAAGAAAUGGCGUCGCAUCAACAAAUUCUCAAGGGCCUGAAACUUGACAAUCUGUAUUUGUGUCGUGCUGCUGCUGCCGAGCUCAUGAAGUCCAUCUUAGAGGUGCCUAAGAAAUCGACAGAAACGAGCAUCAAAUUUCAACGUGCGCUGUAUAAGGUCAUUGACUCUGUGGAAUCCGUGAUCAACUGUCUAAAGAUGGUGCUGGCGAAACAAGAGAAUUUGGUGCAGAUGUUAAAUGAUACGCCAUUAAAGCCCAAUUCGUUCUUUUUUCCUGGUGACUCGCAGCAUUAUGCUAGUCUUCAGCUGCAAAAAAUUGUCAAUGACGAGGCUGCACUCGAUAUUGUAUCACGUGCUUACCAGCUUUUGACGGUUGACAACUUCGAUGCUGAACCGCGCUCGGAAGAAGGACGUCGUCGCCUACGGUUCUUUGCAAAUUCUCUUUUCAUGGACAUGCCAGAGGCAAAACCGAUUCGCAAGAUUCGCUCAUUGACGGUUUCCACACCUUACUACAACGAGAUCGUCAUGUACUCAAUCAAAGACUUGACAGCUCAGAACGACGACUGUGUAAAGCUGCUGUACUAUCUACAGACUAUUUAUCCGUUCGAGUGGGAGAAUUUAUUGGAGCGAAUUCCGGCUAAGGAUAUGAGCGAAGCUUUAAAGAAGAACCCAGAAGAGGUGCAAUUGUGGGCUAGUUAUCGUGGUCAGACACUUGCCCGUACUGUGCGUGGUAUGAUGUACAAUGCAGAAGCAAUUCGCUUCCUUCAUUGGCUCGAAAUUGGCGAGAAUGAACCAAUGCAUCAAGUAUCGUGCUCAUGCAAUAAAUGCUGCAAGCUGAACGAGAUGGUGGCGCUCAAGUUUAACUACGUGUGCACUUGCCAAAUUUACGGCAAGCAAAAAGACGAGCAGAGACAACAAGCUCAAGACAUUGACUUUUUGAUGCGCAAGCAUCCCAAUCUACGUGUUGCCUACGUGGACGGACCGAAGAAAGUGAAAGAUGCCCCGCCAAAAUUCUUUUCCGUGCUGGUUCGCGCACAGGAUGACAAGAUUGUCGAAGUGUACCGAGUUGAGCUACCAGGUGACCCGAUUAUUGGUGAAGGUAAGCCUGAGAAUCAGAAUCACGCUAUUAUCUUUACAAGAGGUGAGCUGCUGCAGUGUAUUGAUAUGAAUCAGGAUGGAUAUCUUGAAGAGGCAUUGAAGAUGCCCAACCUUUUAUCGACUAUGGAUCGUGGCACUGAAAAGCGCCCUUUGACAAUCAUUGGCUUCCGUGAGCAUGUAUUUACGGGUGGUGUGUCGAAUCUUGCCAGUUUUAUGUCCAUUCAGGAGCUGUCGUUUGUAUCAUUAGGCCAGCGCAUGCUUGCUCUCUUUCAUGUUCGUCAGCACUAUGGUCACCCCGAUAUCUUUGAUAAACUUUUUGCCAUGAGUUGUGGUGGUACCGCUAAGGCAUCAAAGGGCGUAAAUCUUUCGGAGGAUAUCUUUGCCGGUUUCAAUACUACACUUCGCGGUGGUCGCAUUUCACAUGAAGAAUUUAUUCAAGUGGGCAAGGGCCGUGAUGUCGGUAUGCAGCAGCUUGCUCUGUUCGAAGCAAAACUAUCUUCUGGUGCUGGUGAGGCUGUGAUAUCUCGCGAUGCUAUGCGCAUGGCGUCGCGCUUAGACUUUUUCCGCUUGCACUCGUGGUUCUAUGGUAAUUUGGGUUGGUACUUUACGCAGUCGCUAACUGUAGUGGGUGUUUACUUUUUCAUUUAUGGCAAGGUCUACAUGGCUUUGAGUGGCAUGGACAGCUAUUUCCUCGAAAAAGGUGGUCUGGGUAUUGCCGGCACAUUAAACACCUCGUGGGCUUUUCAAUUUGGCUUCCUACUUGUGGUCCCGGUUAUCGCUGUCGUAGGUGUAGAGCAGGGUUUUCGUCAUGGUUUCACCUAUCUUCUUUGGAACUGUAUGACGCUUGGCCCUAUUUUCUUUACUUUUCAGAUGGGCACUCGUAUGCACUACUUUGACCGUACAUUGAUCCACGGUGGUGCCAAGUAUCGGGCUACAGGUCGUGGAUUUACCAUAAAGCACGAAAAAUUUGCUGAACUCUUCCGAUUUUACGCAUUUAGUCACUUCUAUCGUGGGGUUGAGCUCUUUUUCCUACUGCUGAUGUUUUACGCUUACGGUACAUUUUCGUGGUGCAACUGCUCGUGGCGAUUGGAUGCAGACUUUUACAAUAACGUUGAACCGACAGAUCUGGAAUGGCGGACUCGCUGUUAUGACGAUCACUACCAAUCGUGUGUGCUGCCAACGAACCAAAACUAUGGGAUCAUGUCGUACUCGUUGUGGAUCAUUGCCGCGACAUGGAUGUGGGCUCCGUUCUUCUUUAAUCCAAGCGGUCUGGAUUGGGAUAAGAUCAUUGAAGACUAUAAUGAUUGGCAAAAUUGGCUAAAGACAACAAACGACUCGGCUGACAGUUGGUUCGGGUGGUGGUCUAAUGAACAGGAAUACCUUGAGCAUACGACUAGCGGUGCCCGCUUCAUUACUGGUAUUCGCAAGCUCCGUUUCCUGUUGAUAGCCAUCGGCAUGUAUUUGAACAUGAUGUAUGAUGCAUAUUUUGAGCGACCGAACCGUGUCAUUACUUCGGACGAUAACAUGCUGACUUACGCUUUGUCUGGUCUCGUGAUUGUGAUUUUUCUCUUGCUGAUUUGCUGUGGCUACAUUGCAAGUCGCGUGACGAAAAAGAUGUCUAUGAAGCAGCGUAAAUUGCGCAAGAUAAAGUUUUUGCUCUCUUGUUGCUGCUUUCUCAUCGCAAUGUUAAGCCUUGCAGUCUUGUCAGUCAGCAACUUGUUUGCCAUCUUGAUUUUGCUAUCUGUGGCUGUCUAUUGGUUUAUGCAGAUGUGUAUCUUGCGUCUGCAGUAUCACCACAUUGUGGUCCGUGCACUUGCUCGUGCGUACGACCGUGCGGUUGGAUGGAUUGUAUUUGGGCCAAUUAUGAUUGUGUCGAUGUUUCUUCCCUUCCUCUCGUCGUUCCAGCAACGUGUCAUGUUCAACAACGCCUUUACCUCGGGACUUGAGGUAUCGAAGCUCUUCGCACACGACGUGGCUCCGGCGCAGGUCGUCAAGGUCAAGCGUGUAUCGAAGAAGAAGAAAACUCGCGAUGAUUAA